AUGGUAUGGACGCGCGCCGGUGGAGCCCGCCGGACCCGAGUGACCCGCAGCGCUCCGGAGGGGCUUAGGGAAGAGAACGGUGUGACGUCGGACCAGGUGUUUCACUGCGCCGAUGCGGAGCUGAGCUGGCGCCUGCUGUCGGUGGGAAUGUGGCCAAACGGCUCCGAGAAGCAGCCCGCGCUUCUGAAAUCCGGCCGGCGAUGUCCGGUGUUGCCCCUGGUGUUCGUCCACACGCAGGAGAAGCCCAGCUCCUUCGAGGGGAACGGUCAUAGAUCACUUGAGGGGGAAAAGUCGCUGCCUUCGCGAGCCGCCCUGCUUGUGGACCACGCCGCCACUCGUAUCGCCGGCAGCCUCGUGUCACAGGACGGGUCCAUUCAGUGCCUGUUCCUGCCGGCCAGCGUCCGCCCUCAGCAGCCCGUGGGGCAGGGGGUUCUGGGAAAUCCGAAGUGCCGGCAGAUCGGGGUCUAUGGAGGCGCAGCGGGAGUUCUGUUCCCGGCUGAAGAGGAGCGGCGCGCUGCAUGUGCGCCCAGCGUGGGCCUCCUGAGGCGCUACUGGAGCGCGCUGCUGCCCGGCAACGACCGCAAGGAGGGCGAGGACACGGAGGAAGACGAUGACGACGACGGGUUCACCGAUGAAGAGCUGGGCCUGAACGAUAGAGGUCAUGGGAGAUACUCCAACCAAAAUGUGACUGAGCAGCAGUGUGAGGCCGAGCCGGGCAGCGAAGGGGAGGAGGACGUUGACAGGGUGCCCCACGCGGUGGUGGAGACCUGCCUCCUGACCAGCCUGAAGUGGCUGGAGCAGCAGCCCGAGGCCACGCCCAGGCAGCUGCAGCUGCUCCGGGAGCUCCACACGCUGGCCGUCAGGAAGAGAGAGAGGCCGGUCCGUGCCCCUGUGAACAGGAGAGCCAUGUAUGCUGGUGGAAAUCCGCACCGGACCAGACGGAAGCAGGGAGAACUCAGUGGAGGGGUGUUGGGCACAGCACCGAGUGCGGCACCCGAACCCAACCUGGUUGAACACCUUAUUAAGGUGGAGGUGGAUGACAAGAACCUGGCGUUUGGGACCUUUCUGUGUCCGGACCCGAUCGGAGCGGUGACUCUGUCUGAGGAACACGUGACACAGGGCAGCGAGCUGGAGGAUUUUAACUGUGUCAAGAGCAUAAGCGAUAGACUGAAAUGUGAACCCGCGGAAAUUCAGUCAGUGAUCAUAUGAGUAUAGAGUCAUGCAUAAUUAACCAUAAGUGGUGAAGCACUAGACUGGAAGAAUGGAAUGAAGUCCACAUGAAAAGGAUUAAUAGAUUGAACAGGAGGAAUUUUAAUAUAGUAUUUUUUCUUAACAAGAAACAAUAAGGGAAAACAUUUUUUACGAUGGGAAAACUGAGAGACGUGUAAAAAAAAAAAAAAAAAAAAAGAAGGAAUUGUGCUAUUGCUAAAAUAAUAUACCUCAAAUUUUAGGUGCAAGACUUUGCACUCUUUUAUAGAGAUUUUGACACUACUGUCUCCACUACAUAAGUUUCAUUAACAUUCAGUCUUCUCCCCAUUUCAUGAACUGUGUAUGGUCUCCAUGUUUCAGAUUUACAUGCUCACUCAUUUAUCUUCCAUUUCCCCAAGUGAAUGUGGACGUUCUGGGGCCAUCCAGUGUUUGUUCUGAGCGGUGUCCUGGAAGUACAUGCCUGUUUACGUUCGGGGAACUUUACGUACACAGCAUUGACGUUGAAAACCUUAAAUACGUUUUGUCCUUGAACGGUUAGAUUUUUAAAAUGCAUACAAAUUUACUUUCGUUCAACGUUUGUAGCGCUGGACUACACGGUAGUGAUGGUGUUUGAGAUGCCAUGUUGCUUUAAACAUGGAACUAGUUAAUAACAUGAAAAUAAACAAUAUGAGUGAAUAUGUUGUAUUGACAUUAAGUAUGUCCUGUAUGACCAGUAAUAAUCGGUAACAUCGUAUAAUUUAAUUGUUUGGUGCGGGAAUUACUGUAUAGAUUUAAUCUUCAGUUUCCCCACCUCAUUGGUUUCAAAGCAUUGUUCCUUGUUGAGGACCAUAUGCACGAAUGAAGAUGUUCGCUGAAAAAAAAAAGAGAGAACUGGUCUGGUGCUUCAGGCGACAUCUGUGGAGGAAUUGGGUCAGGCCCAUCUGCUGAAUGAGUAACACGUGGACUGAUGAAGGAGAUCAACAAGCUACUCCAGUCAUGACCCAGAGAAGGUCCACUUCAUUCCCCUCGUGUUUUUCAUUGUAAACCACCUCAUUUCAUAGGUGAUCUCUGUCAAUCUGGAAGAACAUGCAGAGGAUAUGAACUGUUGCGCUCAAACAUUUACAUCUAACUCUCCCCACUGCAUCCGGGACAUCAACGUUACUGCUGAUUAUCGUCCAGAGACUUGAACCUGCACUCGCCUAAUGCUUCAGUCCAGCUCUGCUUAUGAACUCUAAAGCUACAUCUUCAGCUAACAGAUUAGCUUCCAUUCUCAGGCCCUUGUUCUAUGAAACACUUUCCAUCGGAUGAAAGGGAGAGAUGUGUCAUGUGGAAAGGUGACUUUGGAGACAUUGGGGAUGGAGGGUGGAGGAGGUGGGGUGGUGAGGAGUGUAUUAUGGGUGAGUGAUGGGUGCUGGGGUGGAUGGGACAGGCUGCUGGUAGGAGCCAUGGGUUUGUUUAAAUCACCUGUGUGGGCUACGUUCAGGUGGGGUGGUCAGAGAAUAUUCCCUUAUUAAUAUUCCUGGGCUCUGAAUGUUUUGGAAUAAUGGAAUUAAGGAAUCUGUCCGGGCUCUCCCUGGCAAAAAAGGUUUAACAAUGAUCCACACCCCCAGCACACGACAGCGCCAGGCAGGAGAUGGAUGUGGACUAGAGUCCGUCCGCCUCCAUCAUGGUCAGACACCGACUGCCCUGUAGGUGGCAGUGUAAUGUCAUGUUCAGGAACUGCCAACGCAACUCCAAAGGUUGGAUUCCUGGAUAGGAAACUGCAGUUGUAGCCUUGAAAAGUACUGUACCUGAAUUGAUCAGUCUUUGGCUCGAUAAACGGGCUGUAUGUGAAAAGAAUUAAAGCUGUGAAUUCACUCU